CUACUCUUUUUUGGCGCGCCCGAGCAGAGCAAAACCCUAACACAAUAAGCAACUCGCGGAGCAAUCGGAGCUCCGAAUUGGCCGGGAAAUGGCCGGAUUGAGACUUGUGACAGUCAGAACUAGUGCCGGAGAACCAGUCCUCGACGCCGGCACCGGCGAGGAACUCGCGCACGCCCUACCGGCCGUCUCUCUUGUGCUCGGCAACCACCCUCCUCUAUCUCCGGGCACUCUUUACGUCACUACCAGGCAAGUGGUGUGGUUGAGCGAUACAGACAAAGAAAAAGGGUAUGCGGUCGAUUUCUGUCACAUUUCACUUCAUGCCGUCUCAAGGGAUCCUGAGGCUUACCCUUCUCCUUGCAUAUAUGCCCAGAUUGAUAAUGGGGAUGAUGAUGAUAAUGAGUCAGGCAGUUCUGAUUCUGAUCCUAAUGAAACAUUAGAGUUGUCAAGGAUUACAGAGUUUAGGCUUGUUCCAUCAGAUUCUAAUCAAGUGGAGGAGCUAUUUGAGAUCUUCUGUGAAUGUGCCGAGCUAAACCCUGAGCCAAUUGAAGAGGAAGAACAAGAGCAUAAUUGGAUUUUUAGUGCUGAUCAGUUACAGAAUGAACCAGCAGACGAUGAUGAAUCUGAAUGGAUGGUUUUACAGAAUGGAUCCAAUUCAAUUGGUUGUUCUAAUGGGGAUGACUUAUCUCAUACAGUGCUUCAGCUUCAAAUCAACGAUAAUCGGUUUGAGGAUGCAGAAGAGAUGGACAGUGAAGAUAUCAACCAGCAACACAGAGCUGCUACAGGCUAGAAACUGCAACAACAUUUACCAGUCUAUGGUAAUUUCCCCUGUAGCACUCAUGUUUUGGUAGUAUUGCUAUAUUUUGACAUUGAGUUUUGCUUCAUCAGAUUAUCAAUUGUAGAGCAAGUAGAAUUUCCCGUGUUUUUUUUGUGAUUUUGAACGUUUUUUAUAUAUGUAGACCCCUAGUUUGUUGUGCGGGGAUGGCAUCUCUUUUGAUCUAUGUUAUUGUCACACCAUGAAUGACAUUAAUGCUGACACUACCAUUGUUUUAU